AAAAAUUUAAAUUUUAAUUUAUUAAUAUAAUGAAUAAGCACAACCAGUGGGAAAUUACUCCUUCUCCACUGGAUGGUGUCUCUUCUCUUCUUUUUUCACCUUAUACAUCAAUGCAUUUGGCUAUGACUUCAUGGGAUAAAACUUUAAAACUACUUGAUAUUGAAUCUAUAUUAUCUAAUGAUGAUAAUAAGGACAGUCAAAAUAUUAUAUUGUUUAGUUUUGAGCAUAAAGCGCCCGUAUUAGAUUGUUGUUUUAGUAAUGAAAUACAUAUAUAUACUGGAGGAUUAGAUCGAAGAGUUCGGAUGUUUGAUCUUUAUGCAUCCAAUGUCUUAGUACUGGGUACUCAUGAUGAUGCAAUAAAGUCUACAUUGUUUAAUAGAAAUAUUAAUUUAUUAAUAACAGGAUCAUGGGAUAAAACGAUUAGACAAUGGGACUCAAGGUCAAAUAAUAAAUCUCUAAAUAUCUAUUCAUUGCCACAAAAAGUUUUUAGCAUGGAUUCUGUUGAUUAUAAAUUAGUUGUUGCUAUGGCUAAUAGAAUUGUCUAUAUUUAUGACCUAAGAAAUAUGAGUGAACCUCUACAGCAGAGGGAAAGUAGUUUAAAAUUUAUGACAAGAGUUGUUAAAUGUAUGCCUGAUGGACAAGGAUAUGUAACAUCAUCUAUUGAAGGGCGUGUUUCUGUAGAAUUUUUUGAUCCUUCACCUGAAUCGCAAAUCAGAAAAUAUGCAUUUAAAUGCCAUAGACAAGUUCAUGAUGGAAUUGAUAAUGUCUAUCCUGUUAAUGCAUUAGCUUUUCAUCCAAUAUACGGGACUUUUGUUUCAGGAGGAGGAGAUGGAAUUGUUGCCUUAUGGGAUGGUGUGGUUAAAAAAAGGUUAAGACAAUAUCCAAAAUAUCCUGCUAGUAUUUCAUCAUUAACAUUUAGUAAUGACGGGAAAUACAUGGCUAUAGGAACGAGUGAUGACUAUAAAGACAUAGAUAAAGAAACUAAUGCAAAUAAUAAAUUGUUUGUUAGAGAACUUUUUGAGGAAGAAUGUAAAGGAAAAGCAAUAUAA